AUGCGAAGUGGUGAAGCUGGAUCCCCAGAAAAACAGAACAUGAGUCCUGACAAACAACCAGAAACACAUGAAGGUGAUCCUAAUGCAAAAACCAUCCCAACCAAGCAAAGUGACAACUUCAUUUUCUCAAAAAAACUCAUCCUAUCCAAGAAGAACAACAUGCCCAAGUCCUCAGAAAAAUACGUUUCACCCAAGUCGGAUGACACCUCCAAAUCUCCAGAAGAAACUAUCCAGGCAAAGCAGGGCAACACUCCGAAGCCAUCAGAAAAGAACAUUUCAUUCAAGCCGGGAGUCACCUCCAAAUCUCCCACAGAAACCGUCCAGCCGAAGCAGGGCUACACCCCCAGGCUGUCAGAAAAGACCAUUUCAUUCGAGCUGGGUGUCACCUCCAAAUCUCCAGAAGAAGCCAUUCAGCAAAAGCAGGGCUACACUCCCCGGCUAUCAGCAAAAUCCAAUUCAUUCAAACCGGGUGACACCUCCAAAUCUCUCAAAGAAACCUUCCAGCCAAAGCAGGGCUACACCCCCAAGCUAUCAGAAAAGAGCAUUUCAUUCGAGCUGGGUGUCACCUCCAAAUUUCCCAAAGAAGCCUUCCAGGCAAAGCAGGACUAUACUCCCAGGCUAUCAGAAAAGAACAUUUCACCCAAGUGGGGUGCCACCUCCAAAUCUCCAGAAGAAACCAUCCAGCCAGAGGAGGACAACACCCCCAAGUCCUCAGAAAAAGUCAUCCAGCUCAAGGAGGGUGACACCCACAAAUCCUCAGAAAAAGUCAUCCAGCUCAAGGAGAGUGACACCCCUAAGUCCUCAGAAAAAGUCAUCCAGCUCAAGGAGGGUGACACCCACAAAUCCUCAGAAAAAGUCAUCCAGCUCAAGGAGAGUGACACCCCUAAGUCCUCAGAGAAGAAAGUCAUCCAGCUCAAGGAGGGUGACACCCCCAAGUCCUCAGAGAAGAAAGUCAUCCAACUCAAGGAGGGUGACACCCCCAAGUCCUCAGAGAAGAAAGUCAUCCAGCUCAAGGAGGGUGACACCCCCAAGUCCUCAGAAAAGGUCAUCCAGCUCAAGGAGGGUGACACCCCCAAGUCCUCAGAGAAGAAAGUCAUCCAGCUCAAGGAGGGUGACACCCCCAAAUCCUCAGAAGAAACCAUCCAGCUCAAGGAGAGUGACACCACCAAGUCCUCAGAGAAGAAAGUCAUCCAGCUCAAGGAGGGUGACACCCCCAAAUCCUCAGAAGAAACCAUCCAGCUCAAGGAGGGUGACACCACCAAGUCCUCAGAAACCAUCCAGCCUGCAGAAGGUGACGUCACGGCAGAAGAAACCGAGGGGCUCUUGAAGGUCGACAUGGUGAAAAGGAUCCUGAGCAAAGAGGAUUUUGACUUGGCGCUCAAGGAGGCAGGGGAGAGGCUGGUGGCCGUGGUCUUCUCGGCCGUGUGGUGUAUGCCUUGCAGGACCAUCAAACCCCUUUUCUGUUCCCUGUCUGUGAAGCACGAGGAUGUAGUGUUCCUGCACGUAGAUGUUGAUGACUGUGAGGAGCUGGUGCAAGACCGUGGGAUCACUUAUGUCCCAACCUUUCAGUUUUAUAAAAGAGAAGAAAAGGUGAGUGAGCUCUGUGGUGCCCUUAAGGAAGACCUUGGAACAAUCAUUGCAGAAUUAAAGUAG